AGCAAUGUUUUAAAGGGGCGGUGACAUUGUUGCUUAAAAGUACAAAUGGCCAAAUUCCGCGCGGUAUUUCCAGGGUACUCCAGCGUCGCUGCUCUGUAAGUCCACGAGUGGAUGCACAAGAAAAGUUUCCAAGAAAGCAACUUUUGAUGACAAUGGAGCAAAAGGCCAAUUUGAUUGGACUCCCUUUCCUGGUUCUGCUGUUUGGUAUCCUAGCUCAUGCUCAAACAUACAGCUCUGUUCCUCAGGGGACCGAUUGUACUCAGAUAAAGACACAGGCACCUGGAGCUGAUAGUGGCUUAUACUGGAUCCAGCCUACUGGUGUGGAGCAGCCUUUCCAGGUGUACUGCGAGAUGCUGGCAGAUGGGGGGUGGACCGUGUUUCAGAGGCGCACCGGCGGGAGCGAGUCCUUCAACAGGAAUUGGAUGGAGUAUAGGAAUGGAUUCGGAAACGUACAAUCUGACCAUUGGCUGGGGCUGGAGCAGGUGCGCUCAGUGGUGCAGGACACUGGUCGCAAGUGGACCUUGAGGGUGGAUCUUUGGGACUUUGAAGGGGGCACCGCAUAUGCGGAGUACAGCGACUUUGGACUGGGCAGCGAAGAGGAUGCCUACAAGCUGGUGGUCGGGGCCUAUACUGGCACUGCGGGUGAUGCCAUCCGUGGAGCUUAUGAAGGCAUCGACCAGAACGGCUUCGGCUUCAGCACCAGCGACCGGGACAACGACGGCUGCUCCCCAUGCAUUUUCGGGGAUAUCGCAGAGGAUGCCUGCAGCAGGUCGGAGGGGGGUGGGGGCUGGUGGUGGAGCCGCUGUGGCUCCGCCAGUCUCCACGGUGAUUGGCACCCUGCCGACGACAAUGUGGGCUGGGCCUCUGGCCUCCAUUGGAGGACUUGGAAUGGCCCCGCCCCCUACUCCGCCAAGGCCACAUGCAUGAUGAUCAAGGCACAGUGACCGCAGGUCCAGCUCUUACCUACUGUCACCAAAGUUUCCCUUAUGUCGUAAUUUCAAUACCUUUUCCAACUAGAGUCUCUUUAAUCCAAAGCCUUUCUUGCAAAUACCUUGGAUUAAUUCAUGCAUGGUCUUAAUAUAAUUUACAGCCAUACAGUCAAAAAUUUAAGUGGCACUGCAUCUGUCUGCUUUUAGAAAGAAACGUGGCCUAGAUAUGCGGAAAUCUAUACAAAUGCGUGAGGCUGGGUUCAAAUCUAAUGUGAUGGUGUGACCUUUGUGACAUUAACACUUUUUGUAGGGUUGGUACUAACUAUUGGCUGUAGCGACUUCCUAUCAAAUAAAGUUAUUUGUGAAACUGUAGGAUUUGGUGAUAUUAGUAUAACAAUAUUGAUGUGUUCAGAGCUUGAAUAAUGUACCUGUAUGCUGGACUUUUCUGGAGAAAUAAAGCAACGGAAAAUGGC